AUGACCAGUAAAUCAACAAUUGAAGAACAAACGUUAGCAGCAGCUGCAGUAGACAAACAUUUAUUCGUUUACAUUUAUUCACCUAUAAUGAGUAGUGGGUGUGAACGCGAAUUAGAUGAUGAACAAUAUGAAGGCUGUUUGUGUAUUGAUAAAGAAUGUUCAUCUAAUUGCUCUUGUGUUGCACGCUUUGGCCGCAAUUAUGACAGCUCACAUUGUUUGAUACUCAAUAAACUGAAUCCUAUAUUUGAGUGUAAUUCCGAGUGCAAUUGUGAUGUUGAAAAAUGUUCAAAUCGCUUAACUCAACAAGAUUCUUCAUACAAAUUCGAAUCAGACAUGGAAAUAUUUGCAGUGGAAGGGAAAGGUUAUGGUGUUCGGUGCCAAAAGGCGAUAGACAUCGAAGGAACAUUUAUCGGUUUAUAUUUGGGUGAAAUAUUGACAAUCAACGAAGCAAAACAGCGUUCAACCGCUGCCAAUUACGAACACAAUUAUCUGUUGUUAUAUACUGAACAUAAUUUAAUCGAAUCAAAAACAUAUAUUGAUGCCAGACAUUAUGGUAAUUGGACACGAUUUAUAAAUCAUUCAUGUGAUCCGAAUCUUGAACUUGUGCCUAUUCGUAUUGAUAAUAAUUUGCCAUGUAUUGCAUUUUUCACGUCUCGUCCCAUAUCUGCUAAUGAAGAACUUAGUUAUAGUUACGGUUUUCAGCAUGAUGAUCAGCAUGAUAAAUCAUUUAAAAAAUGUUUGUGUUCGAGCGUAAAAUGUAAAGGUUUUCUUCCAUUUUUGGCAGACAUUUAA